AUGUGCAUAGACAAACAAUUCUCAUCAGUCUUAAAUCCAAAAGAAAAAUUAAAAGAACCCAGUGAGGCAAAAGGGAAAGCUCUGAGUGAUAUAUUUAAACUAGAACUUGUGGAAGAUAAAGAUGCUAGAGAUAUUCAAACCAUCUGGGAGGAGUACCACAAGAACAAACAGGUCAUAUCAGCCACUAUUCCCAGAGACACAUAUGCCAACCUGCAAGACAAUAUGAAGCUAAGCCCCACAUUUCUGUUCCCGCUGCCUCGUUCCCAAGGCUAUGAGUUUGUUAUGUGUCAGAGCUAUGGCAAUACUGUACAUUUUACACCUCUGCUGGCUUAUCAGGUACAUAAAGAAAAUGCGCCCGAAUGUCUUACUAUGGUGCACUACACAGAACUUGCUGAAAAGGGUAUUAUUCUGAUGCGUGGCGAAUAUGACAAGAAUGUACUUGAUAGCCAAGAAGCUCAAUGUCUAGCAAAUCAGUUCCAGAUGUACUAUAGUGGGAAAGAUGCGACAAAAUUGCAGCUUCUUCAAACAUUUACCAAGAAUCCUGAUACAUUCAAGCACAUGGACCUGAUAGCGCAAUUAGAAAAUAUUUCUUUGUCCUAAUUAGAAUAAAAGAUGUUAAUGAUAAA